UUUGUUUAAAAAAUUGUACAUUUUCCGUAUGAUUAGAGACAAUGAGGUAUAAACUAGGAGACAUUAUGAGACUUUGAUGAGUAGAUUAUGAACUUCUUUAUUGAAUGGGUCUGAAAUCUCUGUUGGCUGAUAAUGUUCAACAAAGAUGGCCGAGAAUCAAAUGAGUCAACAGAUACAUUAAAUGAUGCAGAGGAGUUACAGCAAUGCGAGUCUGUCAGUCAGUUACAAAAGAGUUUUGACAAAAAGAUAGAGGUUCAAAUCGAUAGUGAAAAGCCCAAUAUCAAAACCAAAUUAUCUUGCAAAAUGUUUAUGUAUGCCAGAGAAACUAUAUAUUUUUGUCUUGCAUUGGCCUUUACAUCAUUGGCCGUCUUACAUACCCUACCACCAAGAAUUUCAAAGCCACCAAUUGCAAGACCUUUUUUCAAUGAAAGUUCUAUAAUUCUAGAUUUUUAUAAAGGACAUUUAAGUGCUUUAAUCGAUAGAGUGCGAGAUUCAGACUUUAGUUUUGUGAUGUAUUAUGCUCCAUGGGAUGCCGAAUGCCAAGCUAUAAAACAGGAAUUUGAAAAUGCUGCUUGGUACUAUCAUUCACAAGUAUUUUUUGCUGCUAUUAAUUGUUGGCAUCCAGGUUCUGAAUGCAGAACUCAAUAUAAUAAAAUUAUACAGAGUUAUCCAGUAUUGAUGAUAUAUCCUUCAAGAGAAUCUGGUAUUCAGUAUAAAGGUAUUAAAAGUGCUGCUUACAUGAUACGCUUUAUUCAUUCUUUUAUGAAUCCAAUAACUAGAAUCACUAGUAAUGUGCAACUAAUGGAGCUCUUAAAAUCAUACGAUGCUGUUAUGAUUGGAUAUUUUAAUUUUGCUGGUUUAACCAAGACACCUGGUUAUAGAGAAUUCUAUAGGACAGCUCUAAGAACUCUUGAGAGAGAUCCUAAUGGAGAAAUAGUAUUUGUUGCUAUAACAAGUCCAAAUACUGCUAAAAAGCAUGGAAUUACACAUUUCCCUUCGGCUAGCUUAUUAAUGUGGAAUGAAACUUUAUUUUAUCCCGAAGGUAAUGAUUGGACAGCUGAAGUUUUAUUUAAUUGGAUUAACAAUGUUGUCCAUAGUGUUGUUACUUGGAUACAACCUCCAGGUAGUAAAUCGUUCACGUUUGCUCAAUACUUAUGGGAUGGACCUGUUCUAUUUCUAUUUACACCAAGGAAUCCCUUACAUUUUGCAAAUGAUAAUUACAAUUUGUUAAAAGAAAUAGGAUUACAAUACUAUGAUUGCUUUGGAAAUUUUCAAAUAGAAGACAUAGUUGUCCGUUUACGCCAAAGUCGUUUAGACGCUGCCUCCAAAGCUAUUGAAAAACGAAAACGAUGCAUAACUAUGCUUGAAAAGGAAAAGAUCAAAGAAAGCAUAUUAAGUGAUCACGAUGCAACGUUACAUAAGUGGACAAUCAAGACCCCACACUGUUGUUCAGGAACACCGACGAAUAAGGGCAUACUGUGCACAAAUCGAAUUGAUGGCCUCGAGAAUGUUUGCGUGGCCCCAAGUGCUGCCUGUCGUAACCUCGAUAUCUUCGGUCUCAAGGAAUAUUUUAACGACCUGUACGUUUCCACGAGUAAGGAAUCCAAUUUCAAUGGCCACUGUUCAGACGACAGCUGUGAUUCAAGCGUAAAAUUGAAUGAAGAAAUCGACUCCCAAUCUGCUUCAGCAGUCAAAAAGGCAUUUUAUAAAAAUGAUUGUAAAAAAUAUUUGGCCGGUUAUAAUUAUCAUCAUCCGGUCUUUCCCAGAGACCCCGAUGACGAGAGUAACGUGGAACUAAAACUCACUGAAUUGAUCUGUAAAAUCAACAAGACUCUGGCACUUGUUGCCAUCGAUAGCUUACAGUACUUCUAUUUUGCUGAGAGUCUUGGCAUUAAUCUAGCCAACAUCACCGAUAAGACGUCUGCUAUAAUUUUAGAUCCCGAUGAUGAAAGUCAAUUUGUUAUGGAAGAAGAAUUCAGUAGAAAUGCACUUGUGCGCUUCAUAAAUAAUUAUACAAAUGGUUAUCUAAGAAGGACAAUGCGUUCUAAAAAUAGAAAGCACCUUGUAAAUACGUUAACAAAGCAACACGCAAAGUGCAAAGAGAAGUCCAAAAUUUGUGUUCCAGAACUCUCUACAGAUACCUUUUUAAAUAUUGUUCUUAAUCCAGAUAAGGAUGUUGUUAUUAUGUAUCACUCGUCAUAUUGCGCCUUUUGUAGUGUAGUUACAUAUGUAUAUUUAACGGUGGCACAUUACCUAUCAAUGAUGGAUCAUUUAGAAUUUGUUCGCAUUGAUGGUGAUAAUAAUGAUCUACCUUGGGAAUAUACAAUGAAUCGAUAUCCAUCUAUAUUGUUCUUUCCUGCUAAAAGAAAAGAAGACAGUACGCUAUUUCCAUGGACAUUACCGGUCUCGGUGGGUAAUCUCCUGAGCUUCGUUCUCGCAAAUCUCGAUGAAGAGUCACAUAUUGAGGCGUUGAUUAAUGUGUGCGCAUCCGGUAUCGAGCACUCGCCUACCUCGUGUUUAUCGCGCGUCCGCUCCUUAUGCCUGGACAUCCUCGAAGACCAUCUACGUGACUUCAGAUGGUUGCGUCGCACAAGAACCACUAAAAGCGUUCGGCAUAUCUUUGAUGCACGUAAACGCAUUUUGUUGCUAAAACUCCAGCAUGUAAGGGAGCUUCAUCUUGUGCUCAGCAAUACGAGUAACCUAGUGAAGGAAAAGGAAAAGGUACAGAUGCUGAGAAAAAAAUUUAAAAAGUUUUAUGUAAAAUUGGCAAAUCUUUGGCGCGACGAUAGCAUAUUAAAAAAUCCCUCUCUAAAAUCUGCAAGAAAUAAGGUAGAACAGAACGGUUCGUGAUACUAUCCAUUUUGUAAUUUCCUGAAAGGAAUUGAAAAAUUGCAUUUAUUAUGCAUGAAAUUUAUGUAAAUUAACUAUUUUUAUUUAUAUGU